UUUCAAGAUAUCUUAAAAUAUUCAUACCCAUAUCUUCAAAACUCAUAAUCAUACCCAUAUCAAGAAAUUAAACAUAAAAAGGAAUCAUACCCAUAUCAAGAAAUCAAGAAAAUAUUCAUACCCAUUUCCACAAAAUCAAGAAAACAAUCAUACCCAUAUUAAGAUUUCUAAUUUCAAGAAAAAAAAGCAUACCCAUUUCAAGAAACCAAGAAAAAAUAAUUUUUAUACCAAGAAAUCAAGAAAGGAAUCAUAACCCAUAUCAAGAAACCAAGAAAAAAUCAUACCCAUUUGAAAAAAGAUAUGAAAUUUGGCAAGAGUUUGAGCAAUCAGAUUGAACAAACUUUGCCUGAAUGGCGAGAUAAGUUUUUGUCUUAUAAAGAACUCAAGAAAAGCUUGAAGUUAAUCAACCCACAAGGGAAAUCUUCUGGUGAUGUUUGUAACAGGGAGGCUAAAAGAUUAAAGUUUUCCGGCGGUGGUGCCGGAGAUUGGACGGUGGUUGAUGGUGGAAUGUCAAAAGAGGAAGUUGAUUUUGUUGAUUUGUUAGAGAAGGAGAUUGAGAAAUUCAACACUUUCUUUGUUGAGAAAGAAGAAGAGUACAUCAUCAAAUUGAAGGAACUGCAAGAUAGUGUGGCAAAGGCAAAGGAUUCAAGUGAAGAGAUGAUAAAGAUACGGAAAGAUUUGGUCGAUUUUCAUGGAGAAAUGGUUCUGCUGGAGAAUUACAGCGCCCUUAACUACACUGGAAUAGGGAAGAUUCUGAAGAAAUACGAUAAAAGAACUGGAGCUGUUCUUCGUCUACCAUACAUUCAAAAAGUCCUACAACAACCAUUUUUCACAACAGACUUACUUUACAAGCUUGUGAAAGAGUGUGAGGCAUUGCUAGACCGCCUCUUCCCAUUAGCUGAACUGCCAACUCCAUCUGCCGACAUGGCUGCUAGUACCUCGGACAAUAGUGAGGCAACCACAUCAGGAACUGUGGGGGCUAAAGAAUUUGCGGAGCUUGAGUACAUGAAAAGUUUGUACACAAAAAGCACCAUUUCCGCUCUGCGUGUUUUGAAGGAAAUAAGAAGUAGGAGUUCCACAGUUAGCGUUUUUUCAUUGCCACCGAUGCAAGUAAACGUUUUGGAGGAGACUUGGAACAAGUUUCCAGUACUUGAACAAUUAGCAAAAUAGCAAGCAGAACACGGCAUAAUAUGAUAUGAAUUUUUUCUUGUGCUCUUCUUUUGGUGUUCAUGACUGUAUUAGACUACUAUUGUACAAGGCAUAUAUAGAUAUAUAAAUCACGUACACUGGAUUUUCUGAUAUGUUUGAAAUACUUGAGAUUUGGUAAGUA